AUGUCUCUACAAAAUUGGCUUGGUGGAAUAAGGCUGACAAGGACAUCGGUUUCCUUUGCGAAGGUGAAUUUUAAUUCCGCGUUACGAAACAAAAAUAUAGAACUAUCUUUAGGCUUUCAACAGCUUCGCCAAUAUACUUCAAGUGAUGUUUUUAAAUAUGCGAGGUUACGUCCCGAGCUACGCACUUCGGACGACCGUUUUGCACUCACGAAGAACCUGGUAUACUUUGCUAAUGCGCGUAGUUAUACUGUAGGAAGAAUAGAAACUCAACGAGAGGAAAUAUCUGGAUCAGAAGCAGAACAAGGCGAAUCCGAUAUAGUAUCUAAUGAUGAAUAUGUUCCUGCGCGAUUUGACGAAAUCACGGCGAUAUCACCGAACACUCAAAAAGCUUUGAAACAGGAAUUUAGAUACAAAACUAUGUCGAAAGUUCAAGAUGCUGUGUUAUCACGAGCACCGAUCGAUGGAGAUUUAUUUGUGAAAGCUAAGACAGGAACUGGUAAAACCUUGGCAUUUCUUAUACCGGCUAUAGAAACAAUGCUUCGUAAUUCACAUCCAAACAAUGACGGUAGGAUG